AUGACUGAUAUCGAACAAAUAGGCAAGGGAACGCUGAUCCCUCAGGCCAAAGAGGUGUUUGAGAACGUCACAAACACGUCCAAUUCCAGUCUCCAAAACCCGGGCAAAAUCAAGGAAGAACUCACCCAUCUAAAGCAGUUCUUAUCGAAACUCAAGUUCCAGUACUUAGAACAAGAAACCAGAGAUAAGUUUCUACGGCUGCUACUUAUAGACGAAAAGAGCAUCUCUAAAGAAGAUGUGGAUAAGAUUGUGGGUGAAAAUCAACAGCUCAAACAGUCUUUGAAGCUGCUUAAGAGGGAAAUAGAAGCUCUGACUGAACAAGCAGAAAACAUGGCCGAAGAGGUUGUUGAUUUGAAUAAACAGCUUGAAAAGCGUAAAACUGAAGCAAACGAAAGCUUGGCUGAAGUCAAUGAGCUCCAGAAAGAGCUAGAUCUGUUGAUGAGUGAAGGAGAGAACGAGAACUACAAGACGCUAUUUAACUUCAAGAAGCUCAUUGAUUCGGAUGAUAUUGGGCUAAGUGAAGCUAUAAGUAUAGCCAACAGUGCUGUUGAAAAUGACGAGGCCACAUUGAAAGAGAUUGUGGCGAAACUAGAGACUGCUCAGGCUGAAGCAAGCGACAAGAGAGCUCAGUUGGAGAGAUUGGAGCAGCAGACAAAGGAAUUGGAGAGCCAGGUUGGCGAGGAAGACGCGCCAGUGGAAAUGAACGAACAACAGGAGUACGCUCAAAAGUUGGGUGACAUCAAGGCAGCACUCAGUCGGUUUGUGCCUACCAAGAGCUAA